CUUGGUGACACCUGGUGCCCUAGAUGCUCACUCUGGUCUCACUCAGAAGUCCCGGCUACAGCCACUACCCUUCGGAGGCUCAGGCUGACUGUGGACAGGGCUCCUGGCGACUUCGUCCUCAUCUAUCUUCCUUUGGAGCCUGAGACCAACUGCCCUCACCCUCCAGCCACCUACCGACUCCCGACUGGAAGGAGACCCAUGGGCAGAUUUCCUCUUGCCUCUCUCCCCAAUAGAGACCCCUGGUCUGGGGAUACUGAGGCAGGCACAGGGCAGGCGUGUGUGAGCACCCAGUCAUCCUGGAAAUCUAGUGAAGGACACAAGCGACAUGGCCCUGCGCGCGCUCCAUGCCCAGCCUACAGGCGGUCCUCAGCUGAGGUUCCUGCUGUUCCUGCUGCUCUUGCUGCUUCUGCUGUCAUGGCCAUCUCAGGGGGACGCCCUGGCAGUGCCUGAGCAGCGACGCUCCCUCUCUGAGUCCCAACUCAACCCGGACGAGCUACGGGGUCGCUUCCAGGACCUGCUGAGCCGACUGCAUGCCAACCAGAGCCGGGAGGACUCGAACUCAGAACCAACCCCUGACCCAGCUGUCCGGAUACUCAGUCCAGAGGUGCGAUUGGGGUCCCACGGCCGGCUGCUGCUCCGCGUCAACCGGGCGUCGCUGACUCAGGGUCUCCCCGAAGCCUACCGCGUGCACCGAGCGCUGCUCCUGCUGACGCCUUCGUCCAGGCCCUGGGACAUCACCAGGCCCCUGCAACGUGCGAUCAGCCUCCAGGGACCCCACGCUCGCGCACUGCGCUUGCGCCUGGCGCCGCCUCCCGACCUAGCCGUGCUGCCCUCUGGCGGCGCGCGCCUGGAACUGCACUUACGAUCGGCCGCCGGCAGGGGGCGCCGAAGCGCGCAUUUGCACCCAAGAGACUCGUGCCCGCUGGGUCCCGGGCGCUGCUGUCACCUGGAGACUGUGCAGGCAACUCUCGAGGACCUAGGUUGGAGCGACUGGGUACUGUCCCCGCGUCAGCUGCAACUGAGCAUGUGCGUGGGCGAGUGCCCCCACCUCUACCGGUCGGCCAACACGCAUGCGCAGAUCAAAGCACGCCUGCAUGGCCUGCAGCCCGACAGAGUGCCGGCCCCGUGCUGUGUCCCCUCCAGCUACACCCCGGUGGUUCUUAUGCACAGGACAGACAGCGGCGUGUCACUGCAGACUUAUGAUGAUCUGGUAGCCCAGGGCUGCCACUGCGCUUGAGCACUGGGCCCUGCUCCUUACCUACACUCCCCUUCCAUGAUGCUAUUUAUAUUUUUAUUUAAUAAUAUUAUUAAUUUAUUGGGGUUGGGCUGGGUGGGUGGAUUGUGUAUUUAUUUAAAACUCUGCUAAUAAAGGUGAGCUUGGUUUCUA